CGAUGGAUACAGACGCCGAAACGGCUGCUAGACGCUUGGCUUUUCAAAAAGGUUAUAGCCAAGAACACGGAUCGUGGAAACAUCGCAGUUUAAUAGAAGAUGCUAAAUUCGAUACAGUAACUAAUGCUGAAUUUGAAAAAUUAGAAAAACCUGAUGAUGAUAAGAAAAUUAUCGAAAAUACAGUUCCAUUAUCAUUCAUUGUAACUCUUUUCGAUAUAAGUCACGUGUGGAGAAUCUUAUCAGAAAUUGAGAAAUUAAGUCAAGUUCGAUUGGAACAUAUCGAAUCGAGAAGUAACAAUAAGAAAGAUCGUAAGGCUGAUGUCUUUUUUGGUAUGGUCUGUACCGAAGGGCAUAGUGAUUCGAUAAUAAAAUUGAUAAAUUCCCUGCCUGAAAUAUGUAAACUUAAGAUUAUUGAAGAUGAUGGACCGGACAAGCAUAUUUACAAAGAUAUUUGGAUCCCUACUCAUAUUUCCGACCUAGACAAAUGUAAUCACCUCCUAACCAAAUAUGAUCCAGAUUUAGAUUUCAACCAUCCAGGCUUUUCCGAUAAAGUAUACAGAAAUCGACGUCAGCAUAUUGCUGAUUUGGCAUUUAACUAUAAACAUGGUGAAAUAAUACCGGAUGUAGAAUAUAGUGAGAAUGAGAAUAGGACAUGGUUCCACGUGUAUUCAAUGUUAAAAAAGCUUUAUCCUACCCACGCUUGUAAACAAUUUAACAGAGCUUUUGCCAAACUGGAGGCUGAAAAAGUUUAUUCCCAAACCGAAGUUCCACAAUUAAGAAAGGUCUCCGAAUUUCUACAAAGGCUGUCUGGUUUCCAAUUGCGACCAGUUGCUGGCUUAUUAUCAGCAAGAGAUUUUUUGGCUAGCUUGGCGUUCAGGGUUUUCCAAUGUACGCAGUAUGUUCGUCAUCAUUCAGCUCCUGAACAUACAGUUGAACCUGAUUGCGUUCACGAACUUCUUGGGCACGUACCAAUGUUGGCUGAUCCUUACUUUGCUGAAUUUUCACAGGAGAUUGGUCUAGCUUCUUUAGGAGCUAGCGACGAAGACAUCGAAAAAUUCGCAACACUCUAUUGGUUCACAGUUGAAUUUGGACUGUGUAAGGAAAAAGGGGAAAUUCGCGCUUAUGGAGCAGGGCUAUUAUCGGCAUUUGGUGAAUUAGAACACGCUUUAAGUGACGUGCCAGAGAGACGUCCUUUCGAUCCUGAUACGACCUCUAUUCAACCUUAUCAAGAUCAAGAUUAUCAACCGCUUUACUUUGUGGCUGAGAGUUUUGAAACUAUGAUGGAGAAACUUCGACAAUACUCUUCUCAGAUUAAGAGACCAUAUGAAGUUCGUUAUGAUCCUUACACUCAGUCAGUCAAACUUUUGAACAAUUCGGAAGCCAUUAGCGAAACGGUUCAGUCGAUGAAAGCGGAUCUGACUCAUUUACAACACGCCAUCAGGCGUAUCCACUCUAUAUCCAUUGCUUAAAAAUUAUGAAGAAUGGUCAAUUUAUUUGUUGUGGUAGUUUCAGAAGUUAAAAAGAAUUAAUCCAUUAAUUAUACUUGGCACUUGGCGGUAUGUUCAAAAAGAAACGUAUUAGCUUGUUCAAAAAAAAGCUUAGCUAGUAUAAAAGUUCCACUUCAGAGCAAUCAUAAAAUGCUUAGUCUACUUCAGAAAUACUCUUGUCUUUAUCCUUAGUAAAUAAAUGUUGCAAUAUAAUU